AUGUCAAACCCCUUCCCCAUCGAAAACCUCCCCUACGGCGUCAUCUCAACCGCCGACAGCCCAACCCCGCGCUGUGCAACCGCCCUUGAAAGCGACGCGAUCGACCUGAGCGGUCUCGAGAAAGACGGCUACUUCAAAGGAGUCCCUGGGUUCGAAAAUGCAGUUUUCUCUCAGCCAACCCUCAACACCUUCGCCGCCCUCCCAAAGUCCACCCACAGCCAAGUUAGGGCUCUAUUGACAGAACACCUCGCGGACCCAAGCACGCGCGCGAAAUACGCGAUCCCCCUCGAGAAAGUCACGAACCACUACCCGAUGGAGACGAAGAAUUUCUCGGAUUUCUAUUGCUCGCUCGAGCAUACGCAAAACGUACACUCCCUCGUUACGUGCAGCCAAAUCAUGAACGUCCCCAUCAGCCAGAACUGGUACAUCAUACCAAGCGUCUACAACGGACGCACGUCGUCCCUCCGCGUCAGCGGCACGCCCGUCGUGCGUCCAAACGGCGUCUUCGCGUCCAGUCCCGCGCAGAAUCCGGAAUUCCAGCCGACGCGGCGCUUCGACUUUGAGCUUGAAGUCGGCGUUUUCCUUUCCCGACCGCUGCCGCCGGGCGAAGUUCUCGAUAUUAGCGAUGCGCCGGAGUAUAUUUUCGGACUGGUGAUUUUGAACGAUUGGUCGGCGAGGGAUAUACAGGGCUUUGAGAUGCCGCCUCUUGGGCCGUUCCAUGGGAAGGGCGCGGGGACAACGGUUUCGCCGUGGAUUGUUACGAUUGAGGCGCUGGAGGGGUGCAGGGUGGCUAGUGCGAAGGUGCAGGAGCCGGAGCCGUUGGCGCACUUGGCUUGGAGGGGUGAUAAGGGGCAUGAGACGUGGGAUGUUGAGUUGGAGGCUAGGGUUAUUCGAAACGGCAAGUCCUAUCUAGUAACCGAGACGAACCUCAAGGAGCUCUACUGGACGCCCUACCAGCAACUCACCCAUCUCACCAGUGCCGGAGAAGGUCUCAGCACGGGCGAUAUAUUCGGGACCGGAACUGUUACGAGUGCGCGUACGAAUGCCAACGGCGAAAAUACAGGAAUAGCAUGUCUCCUCGAGCGCAACCUGCCGCAGAAUAAACUCUCGCAUCUCACUACAGCUGGAGUUGUGUAUCUGGAAGACGGCGACGAGGUCGUCAUGGAAGGAUGGUGCAUGAAUCGGCAUACGGGGAGGAGGUUCGGGUUUGGAGAGUGCAGGGGUGUUGUACUUCCUGCUGCCAAGGUGGUGGUUUGA